AUGGGCUCUAACAGAAGAAUCGAGUGUGUGUUUUUUAGUGAAUUUCAUCCAACUCUGGGACCUAAGAUCACAUAUCAGGUUCCUGAGGAAUAUAUUUCUAGGGAGCUGUUUGAUACUGUUCAGGUUUAUAUCAUCACCAAACCUGAGCUGCAGAAUAAGCUCAUUACAGUGACUGCAAUGGAUAAGAAGCUAAUUGGAUGUCCAGUUUGCAUUGAGCAUAAAAAAUACAGUCGUAAUGCCUUACUCUUCAACCUGGGUUUUGUGUGUGAUGCCAGAACCAAGACGUGUGCUCUAGAACCCAUAGUCAAGAAACUGGCAGGAUACCUCACAACACUAGAGCUUGAGAGUGGCUUCAUUUCAAAUGAGGAGAGUAAACAGAAGCUGUUACCCAUCAUGUCGACAUUACUUGAGGAGCUUAAUGCAACAGGAGCAUGCACUCUUCCUAUUGAUGAGUCGAACACGAUUCACCUGAAGCUUAUUGAGCAGAGAAAAGAUCCCAUGAUCGUCCAGGAAUACGAUGUUCCAGUUUUUACUCAAAACAAGGACCGCUUCAUCAAGUUUCAGUGGGAUCUCACCACACAGCAGAUCUUGUCUUACAUUGAUGGAUAUCGACACAUACAGAAGAUAUCUGCUGAGGCUGAUGUCGAGCUCAACCUUGUACGAAUCGCUAUUCAGAAUUUACUGUAUUAUGGAGUUGUAACACUAGUAUCAAUAUUUCAGUACUCCAACGUUUACUGCACAACACCCAAAGUCCAGAGCUUAAUAGAUGACAAAGCUAUUCAGGAAGAAUGCCUUCAUUAUGUCAGUAAACCUGGACAGCGAGCGAGUCUCAGGGAUGUAUUUCAGCUGUAUUGUGGUUUAACUCCUGGAACUACAGUGCGUGACCUGUGCUCUCGCCAUGCUCAGCAGCUACAGAAGGUGGAUGAGAGGAAGCUGAUACAGUUUGGCUUGAUGAAGGGCCUGAUUCGGCGGCUGCAGAAGUACCCAGUUAAAGUUGUUCGAGAUGAGAGAAUUCGGCCUCCAAAACUUUAUACUGGUCGGCAUAGUUACGAUGAGAUCUGCUGCAAGACUGGAAUGAGUUACAAGGAGUUGGAUGAACGAUUAGAAAAUGACCCCAACAUCAUCAUCUGCUGGAAGUGAUGCCAUUGGAAGAAGGGAUAGACUGGUGUUUGUAGUAAACAUGUGUCCCUUAGGUUAAGCUAUUGGGCUGGACAACCUGUGACUGAACUAGGAUGCACAACUGAGCUGUAACCAGUGGGAGCAGUAGGUGAAAUGCAUAAGCAGAUGUGUUACAGGUCCCAUUUUGUUAGUUUGGUCUUGGUCUGUUAGAAUGCAUCUGUAUUGCAGCUGUAUUGAUGGGGAAGUUGUCUGACUUCUGUCAAGAUUGUCAGGAAGCAUUUAAAAGUGAGUUGUUCUAAUGUAACUUAUCAGUAGAAACAUACUUUUAGGCAGCUUGAUAAAUGUUAUGUGCCCAACUGUAUACUGAGAGAAAGGAUAAGUUAUGAAGUGUGUUGUAAAGGAUAAAGAGUUUUUAGAAACAUUUUUUAUUAAUUUAGGGUGAGAAAGAUACAAAGAGCUAUUCGAUUAGUCUGGAUAGAACAUUAAAAAGGAACCACUUUUGCACACUGCCAGCAUGUGAGCAAAAAAAAACCAAACCAUCACCAAAUAGGUGAUUAAAAAACAAUAUAAUUGUAAUAAACAUAAAAGAACAUUAGUAAAUUGACCAACUGUAAAGUCAGUACAUAAAGAGUCUUUGAUUUUAUAUUUGUGGGGUUUAAUAAACGAAUUUUAUUGUUUUCUUGAUGUGUAUGUGUAAUAAAAAGAA